CACACUGACUCUUAUAUGUAAGUCACGCACACAAAUUCUUAUUCUCACUCAUUCUCUUUCACACACAUUUCGCAAUGGCAUUAAUAUAUAUUUGGAAAGAAAGCACACAGUUGGAUAUCUGACUGAAAGGGAAGCGUCGUUCAACAGUGAGAGAGAUGGUCUUGAAGUUGAUCUUCUGUCAUCUGCCAUUAUGGAGGAUUCUAAUGUUCUGUCACCUUCUGUCUGCAUUCAGCUGGAGCUCUGUAAUGGCCGGUGAAUGUGACGGGGGUCACAGUGAGUUUGUGACGGUCAGAGAGAACAGCAUGAGGGGAACUCUCAUCACCAACCUCAGCUUCUCUGCUGAUCCAUCGACCAAUCACAUAAAGUUAAGACUUUCCGGGAAGGAUUCUGAUUGGUUCUAUCUGGAGGGGAAAACCGUACGACUGAACUCGUCGUCAAACAGGAUUCUUGAUCGAGAGGUGCACGACUCGGUUUUAACAGCAACUGUAAAGUGUUAUGAACACGAGACCUUACAAGCUGAACACCGGGUCGUGGUGGAGGUGUUGAACGAGAAUGACAACAGGCCAGAGUUCCUACAGAGCUCAGUACAGCCUGUGGAGAUCAGUGAGCUGACAGCAGUGAACGCUGUAGCGUUUACAGUCCAGGCCACAGAUGCUGAUGGAGACACGCUCACAUACAUCAUUGACGAAAUAUCUCCUGACGCCGCUUAUUUUCGUGUGGACUUGCCCAACAGCGGCAGAGUGAUUCUCAACAAAUCACUGGACUAUGAAAGCAAAACUCAUCUGCAGCUCACUCUUUAUGUCGUGGAGUCGAACACCAAGGAUCACUACAAUACGACAGCCACAUUAAUCAUCAACAUAACAGAUGGAGAUGACCAAUACCCACAAUUCCAGCCGUGUAUUCUCCUCUCAGCCAAACACAGCAGCCGUAUAUGUGCCAAUCCUGUGUACACUGCCAACAUCACCGAGAAUGACCAGGACAUUGUCUUGGACUUUUUCCCGGGUCCGAUUCAAGCUGUUGAUGGUGACAAGGCUCUGAGAACGACACUGACCUAUGCCAUCCUUUCAGGGGCGGAUAAUGGGAGAUUUGUCAUUGACAGUCAUUCUGGAGAGGUGAGGCUAACCAGACGCGUGGACAACCGACUGCUGACCCCGACAUUCAGACUGCGUGUCAUGGCCGCUCAGGUGGACGACCUUCUCAAGUACGCGGUUGCCACGGUUCUUGUGAGGGUUCUAGCAGAGAACAGAUAUCCGCCCCAGUUCAAUCGCUCAGCGUACCGUGGGUUUGUGAGGGAGAGCACAAGCCCCGCCUCUCUCGUCAUGACAUACGGCAACACAUUACUCACACUGCAGGCCGUGGAUCAGGACUUCAGCGAUGUCUUCAAUCCCAGACUUCAGUAUUCUCUAAAGUCAGAAAACAGCUCUCGGCUGUUUUACAUUACACAAGAGGGACUACUCAUCGCCAGAUCCAACCAGCUACAUCCCAACCACAAAUACUUUCUGGAGGUUGUAGCCACUGAUCUAGAGUCAGGGGAUACUGUUUACGCCUCAUUACAAGUGGGUGUUCUUCAGAAAGGCCAGCCAGUUCCUCAUGGUCCUUUAGGGGCAGGGCCUCCUGAUGAUAUUGAGACAGUGGGCAGGACAGAGGGCGUGGCAGGGGUGUGUCUUAUCUUACUGGCCAUUGCCCUAUUCAUGCUGGCGUGGUGCUUAAGGACGAGACGGGACCCUGCCAUACGUGCCAGUGUGGCAGAGAGCAAACAUCCUAAUGUGACCCUGAAAUGGUUUCAGCUGGUGAACCACGGGAGGCCGAUGCCCCUAGUGGACGAAUCGUUCUAUCACAAUGAGGCUUUCAGUGGGUACGACAGCUCCACAUCACCUUUUUAUGGCAAACAGGGCAUCUACACCAAAACAGAGGAACCACUAGCAUCAUCUGUGAACUUACCAUCAGUUACCCUAAACAUGCCUCACAUGGAUCCGGGAUCUCCAGCGCCACGGCCCAACGGAGGGCCAGCGAACAGAUCCAGCUGUAAAACUGUGUCGUUUGGUGAUUUCGUUACGGUCCUAGAAUGUCAUACGGAGAGUGGGGUGGAAGAAAAUACAGAAGCUAAAGCAUCACUCCAAACAGAGAAAGAGAUCUGCACUGAUUUAGAGAUACAAGUAAAUACUGGUUCAGGUAUCACAAAAGAUGAAAGCCUAACAGGAUUUAACACAGAAUCACAUAGAAUCGCAGAUUGUGACAAGUCAGAAUCAGAGAUGUUUAAGGCACGAUUAAAAAGAGCCAUCACAGACCAUGACACAAUAUCAAGUGACCCAAUAGAAGUAGAAACUGGUGUGCAAGUCCGUACAAACCCUGAGGAUAUAACAAACCAACAUACAACAAAUCUGGAGAUGCAGAGCUCUACCAAAAAAGUGGUUUCUGAAGAGUUACGAGAAGGAGUUUUACAUCACGAUCCACAAAAAAACGAUACAGCCACACAAAGCUUAAUGUCACAAGAUGUCACGCAAGCAGAAUCUCCAGUUUCAAAAGACCUACAUUGAAGAGACAGUUCACCCAAAAAUAAAAAGUUCUUGGCCACCAUUAACUACCAUAGUAGAAAAAAUUACUAUGGUACUCAAAAGUGUCCCAGAAGUUACUGUUUGCUUUCCUACAUUCGUGUUGAACAGAACAAAGAAAUGUAUAAAGCAAUUUUCCUACUAUAGUAAUUAAUAGCGGCCAAGAACUGUUUGGUUACACGCAUUUUUCCAAAUAACAUUCUCUGCGUUCAUGAGAACAAAGACAUUUAUCCAGGUUUGGAACAACUUGAGGGUGAGUAAAUGAUGACAGAAUUUUCAUUUUGGGGUGAACCGUUCCUUUGAGUACAAAAGCACAUUUGUGCUUUCUUUGUAUUGAAAACUGCACAGUAAAAUGUACAGUACAAAUCCCAAUGUAAAAAAAAAAGACUGAUGAUAAACAAUAAAACAGAAGAAAAAAAAUAGUGGUUGUUAAACU